AUGGAUAAAACUUGGGUCCAUCUUAACAGAGCUACAAAGGAAUAUGAGAAUGGAGCUAGGGAGUUUGUGAAGAAUGCAAUAAUUAAUGCUGGUUUUCCGAAAAAGAUUCUUUGUCCUUGCAACAAAUGCCAGAAUUUAAGACAUCAACUUUCAAAUGAAGUUGUUGAACACUUGACUAAUGUUGAUGAUUUAGAUUAUGAUAAUAGCGAUGAAGAUUUUAAUAGGCUAUUGUUGGAUGCAGAAUCACCAUUGUAUGAAGGUUGCUUAAAGUACACUAAACUUUCAUCUAUUGUUGGCCUAUAUAAUCUGAAAAUAAAGCAUGGAUUCUCAGAUGUUGGUUUCACUGAGAUGUUGGAGAUGAUCAAAGCUAUGUUGCCAGAAGAUAAUCUACUUCUAACAUCUAUGUAUGCAGUUAACAAGUUUCUGAAGAAGUUUAAUCUUAACUAUAAGCAUGUCCAUGCUUGUGUAAAUGAUUGUUGUUUGUUUACAAAAGAAAAUAUUGAUGCCCAAGAAUGUCCCAAGUGUAAUUCUUCAAGAUGGAAACAAAAUGUGCACACAAAUGAGAUUUUACUAGGCCAACCUACAAAGUUGUUGAGAUAUUUUCCCAUUACACCAAGGCUUCAAAGGAUGUUUAGAUCCAAGGAGACAGCUACAAGUCUAAAGUGGCAUUUUACUAAUAAAAGCACAGAUGGGAAGAUGCGCCACCCAGUAGAUUCAGAGGCUUGGGAUGCAAUUAAUGAGAGAUGGCCAGAUUUUUCACUUGAACCUAACAACCUUCGAUUAGGACUUGCUGCUGAUGGCAUUAACCCUUAUAAAACACCUGGAAAUGAUAUAGAUGUUUAUUUGGAGCCUUUAAUAGAUGAAUUACUUGAAUUAUGGAACGGCGUUUAUGCGUAUGAUGCUUCUACGAAGAAAUUUUUCAAUUUAAGGGCAAUGUUGCUAUGGACCAUAAAUGAUUUUCCUGCUUAUGGAAACUUGGCUGGAUGUGUGACUAAAGGAAAAUAUGGUUGUCCUAUUUGUGGAGAGUAUACAGAUGCUAUUUGGUUGAAGCAUAGUAAGAAGAUGUCUUAUUGCAAUCAUACUAGAUUUCUACCAAAACAACAUCGUUAUCGAAGAAAGAAGUAUACAUCCAAGUUAAGUAAAAAAGCUUCAGAAUGUCCAACUAUAUUGAUUGGUAUUGAAGUGGUCGAGCAAGUGAAUAAAUUGACUAAUAGUUUGGGAAAGGGUAGAAAGAGGGGUCAUGAUGAGGGAGAAAAAAUGUGGAAGAAAAAGUCUAUUUUCUUUAGUUUACCCUAUUGGGAGAUUUUGCUUGUUCGUCAUAACUUGGAUGUCAUGCAUGUUGAGAAAAAUGUUUGUGAAAGCAUACUCAAUACAUUGUUGAAUUGCAAAGGGAAGUCAAAAGAUCACUAUGAAUCGAGAUUAGAUUUGGAAAAGAUGGGUAUCAUGACAAAUCUCCAUCCUUACGAAGAAAAUGGCAUCAUUCGUCUUCCUGCCGCAGCCUACACAUUAUCAAAAGUUGAUAAGAAGUUAUUUUGUAAGAGGUUAUUUGACUUGAAAUUGCCUUAUGGUUAUAGUUCUAACAUUAGCAAUUGUGUAGAUGUGGAGAAACAAAAGCUGACGGGUCUUAAAUCUCAUGAUUAUCAUGUGAUUAUGCAACAAUUAUUAGUUGUUGCUAUUAAGGGUUUAAUGGAAGAAGGUUGUAGAGUGACAAUUCUUCGACUUUCUAAGUUUUUUUAUGGAUUGUGUCAGCGUGUGGUUGACAAGGAGGAGAUUAUAAAGUUGGAAUUUGAAGCUGUUGAAAUUCUUUGCAAACUAGAAGAUUAUUUUCCACCUUCUUUCUUUGAUUUAAUGAUUCAUUUAGUUGUCCAUUUACCACGAGAAGUUAGGCUAUGUGGUCCUGUGCAAUUUCGAUGGAUGUACCAUUUUGAAAGGUACAUGAAACAUAAUGAUGAAUUGAUUUCUUCUGGUGAUGUUCAAGAUGAUGAAAUCAUAGAAAAACGUCCAUUAUCAGCUGGAAAAUCUUUUGAGCUUGACCAAGUGGAUGCAACAAUAGCACACCGUUAUGUGUUAUUCAACUCAUGUAUUGUCGCACCAUUUGUCAAUAUGCAUAUCAAUGAGUUGAAAGAGAAGCACCCAAACUUGAAGGAUAAUCAAACAUUGUUGUGGAAUCGACAUUCAAAAGAAUUUUCUUUGUGGUUUUAUGAGAAGCUAUCUAAAUAUGAGAAGGUAGAUAACAUGUUAGCUCAAUUGGCUGAAGGCCCAAGCCGCAUUGUAAUUUCUUAUAAAGGUUAUAUGAUCAAUGGGAUGCGGUUUCACAAAAAAGGAGCUGAGAAAAGUACUCAAGACAGCGGUGUGUACUUAGAGGCUCAUGACAGUGGGAAAUUUGAUGAUAAAGAAGAGUAUUUCGGAGUUAUCAAGGAUAUAAUUUUACUUGAUUAUCGCACCUUUAAGGUGCCACUAUUUUUGUGUGAUUGGGCAAAUAUUCAAAGUGGUGUUAAGAAGCUUGAGUACUAUACACUUGUGAACUUUAGUGUAGGGCAAGCUCAAUCCAUUAGGGAUCCAUAUAUAUUAGCAUCGCAAGCUAAGAAGGCAUUUUAUGCAAGAGAAAAUGAGUCGUCUAAUUGCCCAAUUCGUAAAAGAAAGACUUCUCUACGUAAAUUGCCUGCACCAGCUACUAGGGUUGUCAUUGACUCACCACCAGCUCUUAGUACAAGGGCAACAACUCGUCACAUGAUUCUAAUUGACUCACCUGAAGUGAUAGAGACAGCUCUUGACCAAAGUAUAACUAACUCUCCUAUUUCAAGUCAACAUAAGGUAGACACUUGUAGAAAAUCAACUCGAUUACAAAAUACAAGUACUACAUUUCAAGUUGAAUUUGAAGCAACACCUCAAGAUCAUAAUGCAAAUGAAUAA